AAAGAAACAGCUCUGAUCCCCCUUCUUUCUAAAUUGCAGUUUUAGUUCCUUGCAAUUCUGAGGCACAAAAGUAGGUGAGGCUGCUUUUGUAUCUGCAAAGUGCUUUAUUUCUGAGUGUAAUUCUAACUGAGUGCAAUCUAGGUUAAAAGCUGGACAACUGGGUAAUUAGAGCUCACUUGCUGCUAAAGGACGAUCAGCUGUACCGUAGCUCAUUUGUGUUCCCAGAGACUUGUUCUCCUCUCCCCUGAGCGGAGGCUGCUGGAGAAGGAGCAUCUGUCCCCGGACUUUUCUUGAUUGCGGAGAUGAUGGUGCUGGACAAGGAGGACGGUGUGCCGAUGUUAUCCGUACAACCCAAAGGGAAGCAGAAGGGCUGUGCUGGCUGCAACCGAAAGAUCAAGGACCGGUACCUGCUGAAGGCUCUGGAUAAGUAUUGGCAUGAAGACUGUUUGAAGUGUGCCUGCUGUGACUGUCGUCUUGGAGAGGUUGGAUCAACUCUUUACACAAAAGCAAAUCUCAUUCUUUGCCGCAGAGAUUACCUGAGGCUCUUUGGUACCACCGGGAAUUGUGCUGCCUGCAGUAAACUGAUCCCUGCCUUUGAGAUGGUGAUGAGGGCCAGAGAUAAUGUUUACCAUUUGGACUGCUUUGCCUGUCAGCUCUGCAACCAGCGGUUCUGUGUGGGAGACAAAUUUUUCCUGAAGAACAACAUGAUCUUGUGUCAGAUGGACUAUGAGGAAGGGCAGCUGAACGGGAGCUUCGAGUCCCAGCCCUUUUUUGCUUACUCUGUGCCAGGUGCUUUGACCUCCCACGUAACAAAAGCGAUGAGAUUUGAAGCAUCUCCUGGAGAAAAACUCUGAACUGUGUUCCUGCUGCGAUGCUUUGUGCAAUGAUUUUCAAGGUUAUGCAAUUCAUGUGCAACCCACUGGACUGUAUCAAACACAUUUCUCUGUAUGGUGAGUGUCACUUUAAUAUAGUGCACCAGUAGCUGUAAAGGAUGGCUGCAAUUCUAUUUAUUUUGUCUUCUGGCUUUUUCUUAAAUUUACCCCCCUUUCCUUUAAUAAAUAGACACCGAGUACUUUUUUUCU